UUUUCUGUUUGGGUAGAAGAAGAUAUGACAGGCCCCGAGUGACCGUCGCAAAUAACGGAAUUAGCCUACAGAACAACAAAGACGUCGACGAACAAUACACCGGAUCCGGUACGCCUAAAAUCCGGCAGCCUUGGCUGAUGCUAAACCGUGCCCGAAAAACCACCCCGGUCCAGUUAACCACCAGUGUGAAAUCCGCCCCAGCUACCAAUCACUAUACCAUGGAGGAAGCGUAUACGUCUAUUAACGAGGCUGUGUACACCGAAUUAGAUCGUAUACCUUCGCCAGCCUAUCAAAAUAGCGGAUAUAUGAUCGAAACCGAUAACGAGCCCGUAUCGUCGGCUCCUAGCAGCGCCUACUAUUCGGAUAUAUCGGCCCAAGGCAUGUACGAAAUGGUCGGACAGACCACAGUUGUGUGGAAUUCCGAAAACCUAAGGCCGCCGAUUAGAAGACAGCCUCAGAGGUAUUUUAUCGAAGAUGCUACCGUACAUUCUAAUUAUAUUUAAAAAAUGCCAUAUUUUUGUUGUGUAUUUUAUUUUAUUAUGUCCUUGUUCCAAGUCCCUCCCCCCACCCGAUUUUUUUGCUCCCGUUUUCGUCCUUUAUUAUAUUGUGUCUUUGUGAACCGUUUUGUUAGUAGAUUAUUUAGCUUUUAAGACGUCUUAAGAGUGAUGUAAAGUGGUAGUAUUUUUACUUUGUUGUUUGUACAGUUACCAAUGAAUUUUUAUUAUUUUAUUAU